AUCUGUCCAGAUACGUAGGCGUUUCCUCAUUCUCAUCUAUGCAUACCUUGUUUUCUAGCAAGCCACGCCCAUCUCGAUCCCUACACUUCUGUUACUGACCUUUCGAUGUACGACAAGCUAUUAUAGUUACUCUCGAUCGAUUGGCUGUUGCUGACCUAUCCGACUUAUCCAAUAUUGUGUAAUGUGUAUACACAGAUCAUCUACAUGAUUGCAUCGAGUGACCAGCUUGUGAACCAUAAACGUCCCCGCCCACUGACCAAUCAAGUGUCAGAGAGGUUUGUCUAGACGUUGUUCUCUAUGACCAUUUGUGGUCUUCGUAUUGGUGUAGUGCUUCUCAUCGGCGAUGUACGAGUCUGACCAGUCGAUAGCGGCAUUGGAAGACUUGAAAUAAAGAGUGGGUUUCAGAAGAAAGAAGCUAGAACAAGUCAUUUAGGAGUAUGAUCCAGCAGCAGCAGCAGCCCAAUCCACCCACUCUACUACUGGACCAGAAACCAGCCGGAACCAAUGGACACAAUCAGCAGUCAGAACAGUCUACUUUACAUCAACAGCAAAGUUCCUCUCCUGUUUUGAAGACAGACAACAGUGAUAGUGGCACUGCAGGACAGUUCACUAUGAGUGAGUCACCAAUUGAGAGACCCGAUCAACCACCAAAGAGAAAGCAGAGACGGUAUCGAACAACAUUCACCAGUUUUCAGUUAGAGGAGCUAGAGAAGGCUUUUGAAAAGACACACUACCCUGACGUUUUUAUGCGGGAAGAGCUGGCACUAAAGAUCAAUCUAACCGAAGCCAGAGUACAGGUCUGGUUUCAAAAUCGGCGUGCAAAAUGGAGAAAACGAGAGAAAGCCAACCAAGCUGCUGUUGCUGCUGCCGCAGUUGCCGCUGGAGCAGCUCAUCCUUCUGUUGUCCAGCGUAGCUUGCCACCUGGAGCUUUUCCUUCACGACCUGUUGGACCAAUGUAUGCAGGAUAUCCACCCAUGCCCGGAUACCAGCACACUCUGGCCCAUCCUCCAAUUCAAGGACUUGAUCAAGGUUCAUGGAGUCCUGCGCCGCCUCUUUCACAGUCACCCGUUCAAGUCCAAUAUCCGUCAUCAUGUGUGUGUCCAGGAUCGCUCAAUGUUCAGCAACAGUCACAAACCACUAUGUAUCAAGGUGUUCCUUCAGCUUCCAGCCCACCAGCUCUACAUGCAGCCUAUGCUGUACCUCCAUAUGCUGUUAAUCCUAUAUCAACUCACCAGAUAUCAACUCAUCAGACAGGUUACUACUCUAGCCCAGGAAAUUCUUUACGUAACCAGUACACAGGAAUGUCAGGGCAAAUUCGCUCACCACCAGCUGCUAGUGGAUUUCAAGGCAGUCCAACCAUGCCCACAGCGCCGACUCACUACCAGCCAAGCAAUCCUUUUGGACCUACAACUCCUACAUCUAGACAGCACCCACACACUACAGGAACUUCUGGUAGUGCAAUGAAUCCAGGGUUUGGAGGUAUGCCUGAACCCGAAGAACGACGUACAUUUAGCAUUGCAGCACUUAGAAUGAAAGCACAAGAGCAUUCGGCUACUGUUGGAGGUGUCACCUCAUUUGUCCAGUGACAAGUCUCCUCGAUGUACGACACACGUACAAUUUUCUCAAUGAGUGAAGUCAAGAAUUGACUGAAUGAGUGAACUGUUUUAGAAAGUUGCCAUGUUGCACUAUAGAGCCUCUAGCCCUGGUGUGUAAUGUAAUGGUGAUCUUGCUAAUCCGUAUAUCGUUUGUAGCUGCCACUAGCUCAUUGUUCUGCUAUUGUUGUACUUAAAACUUGUGAAACUCCAAUGAAGUUAUUCAGUUUGCAUGUCAGAGUAACUGAAAAGAGCUAGAAUCGAUUAUUUAAUAAAAAUAAAGCAAUGACUUGAA